AUGACGGUCAAAGAAGCGCACGGAAUUAUGGCCCAGUUACAAGAACUUGAGUUUCCAUAUGCUUUUGCUAAGGCUCGUCAAAUCGCUUUGCUCAAGGCCGGAGGUAUCCCGACCAUGUCCAAGCUUUUCGCAGUCACGGGCCAAAACAAUCGGCGUAACGCGGGGAAGCGCGCUGUUGACACAGAAAUCCUCCUACGAGAGGCGCAGUCCAAGCCUCGAGAUUCUGAUCGCUAUGCGUCUGCCGUGGCGAGAAUGAAUUACCUCCAUGACCGUUACCGUCGUGCCAACAAAAUAACCGAUAAUGAUCUUCUCCAUACUUUGGGUGAUGGCCUCGCCGAGAUCCUGAACGUUGUUGACAGAGAAGAAUGGCGCAAGCUGACUGAUGUUGAGAAAUGUGCCCUCGGUAUCUUUCACAAGAACUUGGGAGAGGAUAUGGGAAUCCCGUUUGAACCCCUCCCUUCAAAAACGAAAGGCUGGACAGACGGCCUGCACUUCGCGGUGGAACUGCGUGACUGGACAGUCCACUAUGAAGAAGAAGUCGCAAAGCCGACGGCAACAAACGAUCAAUAUGUCAGAGUCUAUGUUGAUUCGGCCCUGUCGUCGCUUCCUAGCUUCAUAAGGAGAACUGCGCGUCAGAUGUUGGGUGCUGACUUGGACAAUACCAUGAGGACGAGUCUUUGCCUUGAGUCUCCCGGCCCAAUUAUCUCUCUCGUACUGAGCCUCGUUCGAGCAUCACGAAAGUUAUUCCUUCGAUACCUUGCACUUCCGCGUCCCUCUUUCCUUGCCGUCAAGCUAGUGCACGACACACCAAAUCCCGCAACGCAUCUAUACAAUUUCGAAAGAAAGAGCCUGCAACCGUGGUACGUCCAACCAACGUUUUGGUCAAAAUGGGGUCCCGGGGCGUUUCUGGUUAGAGCAUUUGGAGGGAAACUGCCCGGUUCGCGCGGAGACCGGUAUGAACCACAAGGAUACAACUUGAUGACUAUCGGGCCCGAAUCACAAAAGAAUAAAGGAAUCGAGGAGAUGGUGUCGGAUAUGGAGGUAAUUAAGGCGAGAGGUGUGGCUACAUGUCCGUUCUCACAUGCAAAAGCUGGGGAACUUUGA